GGGAACGUGCCUACAGGUAAAUCUACUAGCAAUACCAGAACCUGAUAAGUAGUAAGUAGUAAGUAGUAACUAUCGCUAUUAUUAAGUGUAAAGUUGAAAGGGCACGAGUUAAAAAGACAACUUCCUAAGUUUUGUUUUUAUCGUACCUAGGAAAACCACCUACUUCGUUCGCUUCUUGGAUCCCUAAAUAAGUGAGAACUCUCUCACUACUCCCUCCCUACGCAUUCCUGCUGCUGCUACCUUCUCCUUCCUUCAACUUCAGUGAGUCUCUCUCUCUCUAUAUAUAUAUAUAUCUCUCGGAACGACGCAUACCCAUAUGUUCUGUUUCGUUGAAGGGUUUUAGACCUUAUACCUCUUGUAGCUAGCUGUGUAGUCUGUGGAGUUUUCAAGUAUUUCUAUUUUAAGUAAGAAAAUGAGGGUUUGUCUUUCUUCAACUUAGACCUAGAUGAGUCUUUACUCAAAAUGCUGUCUCUCACUUGGGGUUUGAGUGAGUCCAUCUAUUGGUAGAGCCUUAGAGGGUGAGGGUCGAUCUAACUGACUUUUGCUCUGCUCGAGUUCCCCAAUUUCGUAGAGACCCUAGUUUUAGUUUUAGCAUUAUACAAUCAAUGGAUGCACAAGCUAAUUUCUGGAAGAAGAAGUAUAUAGAGGCACAAAAUCGGUUUGCGAUUCAGAAAGGGGAAGAUGAGUUUGAACUAAAUGAGUUGAAAGCUAAAGUGAAACUUCAAGAGAAGCAAAAGGCUGAGUUUAUUCGUGUUGCUGAGGAGGCUAAGGAAAGGGUUUCUACAGCUGAAACUGAGUCUACUAGGUACAAGAAAAUGUGGGAAGAAUCGAGCAAGCGGAUUGAGGAAUCCAACAGAAGGUUUGCGGAUUUAGAGAAACAAGCAAACGCUAGGCUGAAAUAUGAGCUUGAUUUGGAGAAAGAGUUGAGAGUUUGUAAGACUAAGUAUGAGCAGAAGUUAGCAAGAGGGAUUUCUCUUGAAAAGGAACUCAGUCAGUACAGAAGCAACUUCAUUCAUCUUAACAAGCGGAUUCAGAGCUUAAAAGAGGAUAGUAAGUUCAACAGGAAGAUUGGGGAUUUGGAGUGUGAGAAUAGAAGGGGGGAGGAUAUGCUUAAGGUUUCAAAUGCAAGGGUUGGGCAAUUGGAAAGUCAAGCAGCAGCUUUGCUAAAAGAAUUAGACGUCUAUAAAGGGAAGUGUAAUGCUUUGUCUGCGGAGCUUAAACAGAAGGAAAUGGAACGUGCUUGGUAUGAAAGUAAAUUAACGAACCUAACAUCUAUCAAAGAUGCUUUCGAGGAUCAGCCUGAAGGCUAUAAAACAGCAUUUAGCAGACUGAGAGAGGAAAUUAUAGGUCUAGCUGAUGAGCGAAAGGCUAUCUGUGAAAGAGAAAAGGAAACAGAAGAAAGAGUUGCCUACUUGAAGGAUGUGAUUAAGAAGAUGGAAAACGAUAAUAGAGAGAUGAGGAUGCAGGACUUGGGUUUGGAACAAGAUUCAACUAUGAGAUGUUCAGAUGCUCAUGGCGAAGCAGAAGGUGGGCAAAGAGGUCUGCAAAAUAAUGUUUCUUACACCGAUAAUGGGAAGGAAGCUAUAAACAGACAACUUGACAGUGAAAUGGAUGGUGGGACGAACAAUGCUCUCGUGGUACCAUUGAUAAUGAACAAAAGUAAUUUGAGUAACACUGAGAACAUUCUUACUUCUGACAUUCCAGCUAGUAGCAGCUACUUUCCUCAUGGAAAAGGGAAUGAGCUUGUCCCAGGCCCUUUAUCUAUUGUUGUGGAGCAAGUUGAGCCUUUGAAUGUGGAGUCUGGAAAUGGAACAAGAAAGAGGAUUCAUAUUAAAUUAGAAGAGAGAACUGUACCUCUGUUUGAGCAAGGUUGUUCAGAUAAUGAAGAUCUGGUGCCAUCUUUUAAAAGACAAUUUUCCAACCAGAAAGGUUGUGACAUUAAAUGUUCAGCGGAUGAAACUACAUUAUCUUCAGCGCCAAAAAGAAGGAUGUUAGUUAAAAUUGAACCGAGGGAUAGUGAAAGUGAGGAGGAUGAUACAACUCUGAAUGGUAAACAUAAGGUGAAAUGUUUUGAAGAGCUUGCAGCUAGUCCGAAGCGCCUAACCUAUUCAGUGAACCCAUGUGCUGGAGAUGUUACUUUCUCUUCUGAAGUUCAUAAUUUCAAAGAAUAUAUAACCAGUUCAAGGCAAAGUUUUUUUUCACUCAGGAAGUGCAUAGAAAAGAAGAGCCAACAGGUUGAUGGAACUUCACAAGAGACAACAAAACCCAAACUAACAGCUGCAGAGGAUGAAAAGAAAGUGGUAGAAAAGACUGAUUCUUAUAAAGUGGUAGAAAAGACUGAUUCUUAUAAUGAAGAUUGUUCAAGAAACUCGGAAAAUGCAGUGGAUGAGGGGGAGAUUGAUUUUGAUGCAGUUGUAGCGAUGAUUAGAAGGAAUAGAAAUGAAGAAUUGAAAAAUCUUCGCCAAGAAUAGAUUAGUCCAGAAGUUAUAUGCGUCCAAGGGAAGAAUAGAUCAGUAGAAGUUGCUGAGAUACUACAUGGCUGCUUCUCCAGCUCAUAUAGACUCUCAUCUCUCACUUGUCUCGAACAAAUAUACUUCCUCUCGCUCUCUUUUUGUUCCCCCUUUUAGUCCUUGGAUCAAUAUACGAAGGCUUUGACUUGUCUCAGUAGUAGAUACAACCAGUUUUUUUAUUAUCUUCGUUAGGGAAAUUACUUUAGUAA